ACUCCAACACAAGCAAGCAUUGCGUUGAGCAGGGACACCGGCCGGCAAUCGGUAUCUGUUUCUCACGGUUAGCAGUCACUGCAGGGCGUUUAAUUUUCAUCUUGUCACACCUACAUCUUACUAAUUUCACGAAUUCGAGAUGUGCGACGAAGAAGUUGCCGCGUUGGUAGUAGACAAUGGCUCCGGUAUGUGCAAGGCCGGUUUCGCAGGAGAUGAUGCUCCUCGCGCCGUAUUCCCCUCGAUCGUGGGAAGGCCCCGCCAUCAGGGCGUGAUGGUCGGCAUGGGACAGAAGGACUCGUAUGUAGGAGAUGAGGCACAGAGCAAAAGAGGUAUCCUGACCCUCAAAUACCCCAUUGAACACGGAAUCGUCACUAACUGGGAUGACAUGGAGAAGAUUUGGCAUCAUACCUUCUACAAUGAGCUGCGUGUCGCCCCCGAGGAACACCCCGUCCUGCUCACUGAGGCUCCCCUCAACCCCAAGGCCAACAGAGAGAAGAUGACCCAGAUCAUGUUCGAAACAUUCAACACGCCCGCCAUGUACGUCGCCAUCCAAGCCGUGCUCUCGCUGUACGCGUCCGGUCGUACCACCGGUAUCGUGCUGGACUCCGGCGACGGUGUCUCCCACACCGUGCCCAUCUACGAGGGAUACGCACUCCCCCACGCCAUCCUGCGUCUGGACUUAGCCGGUCGCGACCUCACAGACUACCUCAUGAAGAUCCUCACCGAGCGCGGCUACUCGUUCACUACCACCGCCGAGCGGGAAAUUGUUCGUGACAUCAAGGAGAAGCUGUGCUACGUCGCUCUUGACUUCGAGCAGGAGAUGGCCACCGCUGCAUCCAGCAGCUCCCUCGAGAAGUCUUACGAACUUCCCGACGGUCAGGUCAUCACCAUCGGAAACGAAAGAUUCCGUUGCCCAGAGGCUCUCUUCCAACCCUCGUUCUUGGGUAUGGAAGCUUGCGGCAUCCACGAGACCACAUAUAACUCCAUCAUGAAAUGCGACGUGGACAUCCGUAAGGACUUGUACGCCAACACCGUAUUGUCCGGUGGUACCACCAUGUACCCUGGAAUCGCCGACCGUAUGCAAAAGGAAAUCACAGCUCUCGCCCCAUCGACAAUGAAGAUUAAGAUCAUUGCUCCUCCAGAGAGGAAGUACUCCGUAUGGAUCGGUGGAUCGAUCCUCGCCUCCCUCUCUACCUUCCAACAGAUGUGGAUCUCGAAACAGGAGUACGACGAGUCUGGUCCCUCCAUUGUACACAGGAAGUGCUUCUAAGCGUUGAGACUUUAAGUUAUGAUGCCCUACAGCAGAACCUCAAGAGGGUGGCUCAAAUUACGCUUGUGAUCUUGUAAAUAAAUUCAGUAUUUAAUGUAGGUUGUAAGGUAUUGUAAUAUGCAUAUUACGUAAAAUGAACGGAAUGUUGUUGUUGCCGUUUUUUUUUUGACAAAGAUUUUUAUUUAUUAAAGUUACUAACCCCAAAACUUUUUAAUAAAAUAAAUUUAUAUA